GAAGUGUGCGGAGCAUGUUCCGGUAGAUAUCGCCGGUUGGUCGUACGGUCGGUUUCAGUCAGUCUCCGUUGUUAACUGGACGUUCAUCAUGUCUUCAGACCCGUGCUCCUUCUCCUCGUUCGCCAGGUGCGUCACCAAACACCUGAACCUGUCGCUGCACGUGGACUUCGACAGACGCGUCAUCAAGGCCAAGGUGGAGCUGACGGUGGAGGUUCUGGAGGACCGGUUCUCCGCUCUGACUUUGGACACCAGAGACCUGAAGGUCAUCUCUGUGAGCGCUAAUGGACAGGCGGCCACAUUUACCAUGGGCCCCAAACACAGCUUCAAGGGGACACCGCUGGAGAUCACGCUGCCCUUUGACCUCUCCAGAGGGCAGCAUGUGAUCGUGGAGGUGACCUAUGAGACGUCUCCAUCUGCGACGGCGCUGCAGUGGCUCUCACCUGAGCAGACGGCCGGGAAGAAACAGCCGUACCUGUUCAGUCAGUGUCAGGCUCAUCACUGCAGGAGUAUGAUCGCCUGUCAGGACAGUCCGUCUGUCAAACACACCUACUACGCACAGGUGUCUGUUCCUAAGGAGCUGGUUGCCGUGAUGAGUGCUAUGAGAGACGGACAGGAAGUGGAUCCUCAGGAUAAGAGCCGUAUUGUCUACAAGUUCAGACAGCCGGUGCCCAUGCCGUCUUACCUGAUUGCCAUCGUGGUGGGAGCUCUGGAGAGCAGGGAGAUCGGGCCUCGCUCCAGAGUGUGGUCAGAGAAAGAGUACGUGGAUAAAGCUGCGUUUGAGUUCUCCGAGACUGAGGUCAUGUUGAAGACAGCUGAGGGUCUGGCUGGUCCGUAUGUUUGGGGUCAGUACGACAUCCUCGUUCUUCCUCCAUCGUUCCCUUACGGCGGCAUGGAGAACCCCUGUCUCACCUUUGCCACUCCUACACUGCUGGCUGGAGACAAAUCUCUGUCCAAUGUGAUCGCUCAUGAGAUCUCUCACAGCUGGACGGGAAACCUGGUGACCAAUAAGACGUGGGAACACUUCUGGCUAAACGAGGGUCACACGGUGUACCUGGAGAGGAUGAUCGGCAGGUGUAUGGAGAGCGAGCAGUUCAGACAGUUCAAAGCCAUGGGGGGCUGGAAGGACCUGCAGGACUCGGUAAACACCUUUGGAUCCAACAACCCCCUGACCAACCUGGUGCCCAGCCUGCAGGACGUGGACCCCGACGACGCCUUCUCCUCCGUGCCCUACGAGAAAGGCUUCGCUCUGCUUUAUCACCUGGAGGAGCUGCUGGGGGGGCCAGAGGUGUUCAUGGGCUUUGUGAAGUCGUACAUCCAGAUGUUCGCUUACAGCAGCGUCACCUCGGAGGAGUGGAAGAACUACCUGUUCACCUACUUUAAAGACCAGGUGGACGUCCUGAACAAGGUGGACUGGAACGCCUGGAUGUUCACUCCCGGGAUGCCUCCCGUCAAACCUCAGUACGACACCUCGCUGGCCGACGCCUGCAUCGCUCUGAGCCAGAGGUGGAUCAAGGCCAAAGACCAGGACCUGAGCGGCUUCAAACAAUCCGACCUGAAGAGCCUGUCAUCCCACCAGGUGGUGGAGUUCCUGUCCCUCCUGCUCCAGGAGGAUCCUCUUCCUCUGACUCACGUGAAGAAGAUGCAAGACGUGUAUGAUUUAAACUCCUUCAUGAACUCAGAGAUACGCUUCAGGUGGCUGAGGCUGUGCGUCCGGUCCAGGUGGGAGGAGGCGGUUCCCAUGGCGUUGAAGAUGGCGACCGAUCAGGGCCGCAUGAAGUUCACUCGACCGCUCUUCAAAGAGGUGUUCAACUUCGACAAGUUUCACGACGAAGCUCUUCGAGUGUUUGCGGCUCACAGGGCCGAGAUGCACCCGGUCACUGCGGGACUCGUCGCCAAAGACCUGAAGGUGGACGCCAAAGUGAGCACCAGCCUGUAACCAUGUAAACCAACCUGUAACCAUGGAAACCACAGUGUAACCAUAAAUAACAGUUUGUAACCAUGGAAACCACAGUGUAACCUUAAAAAACAGUUUGUAACCAUGGAAACCAGACUGUAACCACAGGGAAACUGUAACAAUGAAUACACAAAGCAGUCAAAACACACACAAGGUGUCGGCUGGUGUUCAGACCUUUUUUUUUUUAACUUUGUAAACAUUUCCUCAGGG